UUCGCUGGACCAGUUCGUUGUUUGACAUUUUUCUUCGAGGAAGUCGGCGGCGCACUGGUGGUUUGUUGUCUUGAAUGUAGCUACGCGGUUCCGUGUUAUUCUGUGGAGUGUGGCUCAAACCAGAGCUAUUUUAGCAGUACUCGAGUAUCUUCCGUCUGUUGUCGUUAUGCAACAGAUGUAACGGCGUUUUGUGUGAUUAGGCGAACAGAAGCGGAAAUGCGGACGUGUAAGCAAGGUCUCCCGGAAAGGAUCUUUCCCACUUCAUCUCGAAGAUGAACCCGUGACGAGCCGCAAGCUCAGAUGCAUUAGCAGAUUAUGUGUUCAAAAUAUAAAUACGAUGGCGAAUCUUUUGAACCAAGAAUACACUCGGUAUGGAGAAAAUCUCGAUUAUAUCUGGUCUAAUACUGUGAGAUUCAUUCGGAAGUAUACAGAAAUGUUUCAGCUAGGAUUUCACGAUAUUAAGUGGAAGAAUAAAAGAGCCACUCCAGGCACUGCUUAUAUACCGACAGAGGUUGAACACAUAGCCAACGUAGCUACACACGGAAUAUGGAUAAUUCCGGCAAUUUUCGCAGGAAUACAUCUAAUAUCACGUGCGAAAACGUCGACACAAAUUCUGGUGGCGUGGGUUUAUGGUGUUGCUUUAAUAUUCUUAUUUUUAAUCUCAACAAUUUUUCAUGGAGUUUUCUAUUGGAAAGGACACAGGAAGUUGAAGGAUUACUUACAUCGAAUCGAUCGAGCGAUGAUAUAUAUAUUUAUUGCUGGCUCAUAUUUCCCAUGGUUAAAUUUGGGUCACCCAGCACAUCCCACCAUAAUAACUUCACUGCAGUGGUUAGUUUGGUUGAUAGCAGCCAUGGGCAUAACAUAUCAACAGAUGUUCCAUGAACGUUAUAAAUGUUUGGAGACAUUUUUCUAUAUUAUAAUGGGCAUCGUACCGUCAGUAAUAAUCAUUAUGUUCGGCCAUGACUUCGAAGGCAUGACCGAACUAAAACUAGGUGGAAUACUCUACAUUGUAGGAAUAGGCUUCUUUAAGGCUGAUGGGUUAAUACCCUGUGCUCAUGCGAUUUGGCAUCUUUUUGUAGUGUUUGCGGCUUCCGUUCAUUAUUUCGCAGUGCUGAAGCAUUUAUUCCCGAACAAACUAGGUUAUUAAUUACUUAAUUCAUCCAGGUAUAAACUGCGUAGAUAAGAAACUAUUAGUAGCGACGCUUCGAAAUAGUAAAAAAAUUGCAGUGAUAUGGAAGAUAUUCGAAUGAAUACCUUGAAAGUAGCAAAACCACGAUACAUACUAAGGUAGUGCAUAGAUCAUGACAAAUAAUACUCAUAUUAUAAGAUGUAAAUAAUUAAAGGCAAACGUUGUCAUAAGCCGGGAUCAACUAAAUAUUUCGGACAAGUAUGUCUCCAUGACUAUAAAAGUUAGUAGUUUAUGGGAAUACAACUUAGAAAUUUAGUUUUAGUAGAUGCUGCCUGUCAAAUCGACCAUUAGUUAAUAUUCCAAAUUAAAUAAAGUUUAUAUCAAUGUGUGAAAUUAGCGCAACACGGCAGUUACCAGAUUAUUCCAUAGUUUAAAAGUCCUAGCGUCACAUUCUGCACUUGAGAAGUUACUAAUCUUCUAAAAAUUUCACUGCAAUCUCACAAUUCUUCUCUCGGAAACAGUUAAGAAUGGGUUCAUAUGCGUUCAUACAAACGUAACCCAGGAUUUAAGAUAGGAAAACAGCUAUACCUAUAAAGAAAAAAGAGUUUCAUGGCAACAAACUUCAAGUUGAAUUAUUGAUAAUAAAAGCAACAUUGAAUUCGGAGCCCAGUAUUGAUCAAACCUGCCCAAGAACAAAUUAAUGACUUUCAUUUCCAGAAACACGCGAUGUAAUGUACACAUAGAGCUAACAGAGUCAUUGCUAUUUAAUUCAUAGCUAAUUGCAAUGGCUCGCCGAAUUAUGUAGACUGGAUCAAUAGUCCAAGAUAUGUACCAAUGGUUUCAAUGGAGGCAGAAAGGCAUUAGGUGCGUCACUUUUAUCUAUUCUGAUGUGGGUCUCGUAACCUC